CGCUAUUUUUAAUGUCAAAACUUUUUUCUGUCGUGGUAUUUAAAUGAAUUUUCUGAAAUUUUGUGCCAAAAAUCAACCACGAUGUCUCUCGUCGAGGAACUGACGAGUCAAUUUGAAGCCGUCAACGUGACCGUGCCUUCCCAAGUCCUCGAAAAGUGUGAAGAACUGUGCACAACCUAUAAAAUCGACUCUGAAGACUUUAUAGAUUUGUGGCUGGCAUACACUGCUUCAAAUCUAAAUGGGGCCCCUCCAACUCUCGAUGCCUUGGACCGUCUAGAACGAAAAGAGCUGAAAAACCAAAAACGACCAAUCAGUGCUCCAAAGUCACAACCGGUUGAAGAUUCCGCCCCCGCACCUCAAGAAGAAGCGCAAGAGGAGAGUAUUGUUGUUGAAAAAAGCGAAACGAACGUACCCGGUCAGGAGUUUUUAAAAAGGAACAAUGCUUGCUCAGUCAAGCUCCAAUUUGGGAAUUGUGAUGGAAACUUUAAAGACAGAUGCAAAGGCAAAUUGGUGAUUAGAGUGCAGCAUGAGGAAAUUGCCAAGUGUAAGUACAUGACUGAGUCGCAUUUGGAGAAAAAGAGGGCUCUCUCUGAAAUGUCGCGGUUUGUUAUCGUGGAUAUACUCAAGCACCAUAAUUUGGAGUUAACUUAUGAUAAACUCAACAUAUAUUGUCCUGAAAUGACCGUUUGCGGAAGAAUCUACACAGACACUGAGGAUGAAGAAGAUCCUGAGUCAAUUGAACUUGAGGGACACCCAGAUAUUUACGAAGGCCGAACAAUCAAACUCAAUUUUCUUAAAUUAGACAAAAUGAGUUUAUUUAAUGGCCAAACUGUUGUAAUUUAUGGUCAUAGCAUGAUAAAAAAUUUCAUGGUUGACAAACUUUUCACAGGAAUUUUUUUACCUAAGCCCGAAAUUCCGAUUACGUUAAAUGAAACUUUACAAAUGAUGGUAGCUUCAGGACCUUUUACACUGUCGGAUAAUCUAUUAUAUGAACCUUUAGACAGUUUGCUUAAGCACGUCAUACGAUUUAAACCAAAUUUGUUGAUUUUGAUGGGCCCCUUUGUGGACAAGAACCACUCUCUUCUCAUGGCCCUUACGGAAUCUUUUGAUUCAUUUUUUGAAAAUAUUGUUGCCGGCAUUAUGGAGCGACUCAAAGGCACAGAAGUACACGUAGUCCUUGUGCCUUCCCAUAAAGAUAUUCAAAAUCACGUUAUUUUUCCUAGUCUUCCAUUCAGAUUACGUAGACGGUAUGAAAAUCUUCAUUUAGUACCAAAUCCGUUCUUUCUGGACAUCGGCGGCGUAAUAAUCGGAGGAUCAACAGCUGACAUUUUGUUUCAUUUAAGCAAAGCUGAGCGUUCUAAAGGCACUCAUAAUGUCCCAAGAGUAGACCGUUUAAUAUCCCAUCUUUUCAAUCAGAAGUGUUUCUACCCCUUAUAUCCGCCAGAUGACGACAUCAGGGUUGAUCACGACUUGGUUGAACGAUACGCCAUGAUUGAAACAGCCCCUGAUAUUAUGAUUCUACCCUCAAAUCUCAAACAUUUCGUCAAAGUUUGUGAAGACUCUGUUGUAAUUAAUCCAGAAAAUUUGUCUAAGGGAAAUGGUGCUGGGACUUUUGCUAGGGUGGAAGUAAGGGCUAAAGGGGCACAAAGGCCUCUUACUGGAAGAGUGUCGUGUCAGAUUUAUGUUGUGUAGUUUUCAUUUUUGGAAAUUUAAAUUUAAGCCUAGGGACUUUUAAGUUUUUGUUUUGAUCGUUCUGUCAAAUGAGGAGUUUGACAGUUGUCAAAGCUACAAAAAUGAUGAAUUUUGUUAAAUAAGAGCGAAAAACAUUAUAAAAUGGCUUUUUUAGAGGUAAAUUAUUAUUUUUGUAACAUUUAUACAACAAUAAAAUCUCGUUGAUAUUUCA